AUACGAAGAAACUAAUCGUUAAAGAUCUUUUAACUGAAGUUCCACGCGCCGCGCUUGCACACACGCUAGCGGCUCUUUUAAAUCCUUGGAUACCUCACCACCAAACACACCCCCGAUUAUAAUGGGACAGUCACCGUCCACCGCCGUGCCUCCUUGGUCGGAAAUUAAUCGCCACCAUAUCUCUCCGUUAUAUUCAACCAACGAUGCCGAUCGAGACUACACCGUCGAUCUCCCUGACGAUUGCUUGGCCGGGAUCUUUCAUUUCCUAAGCUCUGUCGAUCGGAAACGCUGCUCCCUCGUCUGCCGGCGGUGGUUCCGCAUCGACGGCCAAAGCCGCCAUCGGCUCUCCCUGAACGCUCAAGCGGAAUUGGUGGACUUCGUUCCUUCGCUUUUUACCCGAUUCGACUCGGUCACGAAACUCUCCCUGCGAUGCGACCGCAGGUGCACCAGCAUAAACGACGACGCUUUGGCACUUAUCUCGCUCCGAUGCAAGAACCUCGCGCGCCUCAAGCUCCGCGGCUGCCGGGAAAUAACCGAAAUCGGAAUGGCCGACGUCGGCAACAACUGCAAGGCCUUGAAGAAGCUCUCAUGCGCGUCGUGUAUGUUCGGCACCAAGGGAAUCAUCGCCGUGAUGGAUCGUUGCGCCGGUUUGGAAGAACUCUCCGUGAAGCGGCUCCGUGGGGUCCACGACAGCACCGAGGCGAUUGAUUCAUCGUUAAAAUCAAUAUGCCUGAAAGAGCUUGUUAAUGGCCAAAGCUUCGCGCCGCUUAUAAUUGGUUCGAAAAAGCUUCGAACUUUGAAGCUGAUUGGGUGUUUGGGCGAUUGGGAUGAGACUCUGGAGAAGAUUGGAUUGUUAAACGCUGUGUUAAUUGAAGUUCACCUUGAGAAGAUUCAAGUUAGUGAUAUGGGUCUUAAUGGGAUAUCUAAUUGCUUGGGCUUGGAAACUUUGCACAUUGUGAAAACCGCUGAGUGCUCCAACUUGGGGAUUUCUGUAGUUGCUGAGAGAUGCAAGCUGUUGAGAAAGCUUCACAUUGAUGGAUGGAGGACUAAUAGGAUUGGUGAUGAUGGGUUGAUUGCUAUUGCCAAGCACUGUUUGAGUUUACAAGAACUUGUUUUGAUUGGUAUCUAUCCCACAUAUUUGAGCUUCGUGGCAAUUGCAUCCAAUUGCAUAAAUUUGGAAAGGUUGGCUCUUUGUGGGAUUGGCACCGUUGGUGAUGCGGAGAUUGAGUGCAUUGCUGCCAAGUGUGUUGCACUCAAGAAGCUAUGCAUUAAAGGAUGCCCUAUAUCUAAUGCUGGGAUUGGAGCUCUUGCUUCGGGUUGUCCCAAUUUGGUUAAGGUUAAGGUUAAAAAGUGUAGAAAGAUUACUGGUAAAGGUGUAGAGUGGGUGCGUGAACAGAGGGUUUCUUUGGCAUUUAAUUACGAUGAUAGUGAAGUUGAAGCUUUGGAUGGGAGUGGAAGCGAUGGUGUUGAAGGAGGUCAAGACAGUAGUACUAUUGAGUUUCUACCAACAACCAACCAAAUAACCGUGGCUGAUGCUCCAUCAAGUAGUAACAACAACCGAUUGACAAUGUUCAGAACAAAGUUUGGGUUUUUGGCUGGUAGAAAUUUAGUGCCGUGUGCCUUCAGAAGGUGGUCAAACGGUGAUGAUAUCUCCAGUAGCAGCUUUUCAUGAUCUCGGUUAGAAAACAAACACAUUUUUGCCAUUUUCACAUUCUUCAAUAUUGUGUUCGGUUGCCUGUUCCUUGCAGUGAUUGCUAAUAUUAGUAUUUCUUUUGUCAACUGCAUUUGCCAAUUACCAUCAUUGGUUGUUAAGAUGGUCAUACCAGCUUUGUAACUUGUCAUAGAACUGUGUCUUGGAACACACUAUAGUUACUUACUCCUAUUGGCGUGUAUACGUAUGUACCCAAUGUAAUCACGCGA